AUGACAGAKGGAUGUCUGACCCUGUGGGAUCGUAAUGGGAAUGAAAUCACCUGCUCCUGUAACCGUCUCACAUACUUUGGUGUGCUCUUGGUAUCUACAAUCCUCUCACCUACAGACCAGAAGAUUUUGUCGUACAUUACUAUUAUUGGCUGCAGCAUUUCCCUCUUUGCUCUAGUCAUCACUGUUCUGAUCUUCAUCACUAACAGAAAACUCAGAGUAGAUGAUUCUAAGAAGAUCCACAUCAGCCUCUCAGUGGCUCUGAUCCUCCUCAACCUUCACUUCCUCCCCAGUGAGGCCGUGGCAGCAUCGUCCAUCGAUGGGUUAUGUCGUUACAUGGCUCUUGGUCUUCACUACUCCCUGUUGGCCACUUUCAGCUGGAUGGCCUUGGAGGGUUUGCAUCUCUACCUUCUGUUGGUCAAAGUCUUCAACAUCUACGUCAGGAGAUACCUGCUCAARCUCAGCUUGGUGGGAUGGGGUGAGUGGCAUCAUCUGAGCACGGAAAUAAUGAAACUGCAUCAUUAA